CUCAGGCUCUGCGAAUCACAGUGUAGAGGGCCUGAGGUGCCAAGACUGGCAGCCACUCAAAAGGACGGAGAUCAGAUCUAAUCUUUCUUACGCUUCCGGCGCUUCUUGUUAGAGAUGACAAUGGCUGCCACCAUGCCAAAAGCAGCCUGCCUGUGCCUUCUCCUUGCUUUGGCCACCCUUUGGCCCAUCAGCGUAGGCGCUCAGUCCAACACCAUAACAUAUACCACUGCAGACGAGAAGGGCUUGUUCUACGUAUUUGCGGAUGGAGAGAUUCUCGUGCUCGACCCCUCAGUCAACGCGAUUGUCAAGAGCAUUCCCAACCCCACUACUCCCUUUCCAAACAACUGCUCCGGAACCCCUUUUGCCGGCAGUUGGGCGGACGGGGUUUACGCCAACGGCAACUUCUUUGCCGCCGCCUACUACAAGAAUGCGACCAUAGGGCCGCAGGAUGCGGUCUACGUGAUUGACACUAAGCUGCAGACGCUAGUGCAGAGAGUGCCUGUGGAGGCGCGUCCGGUGCAUAUAUACUACGUCCCUUUUCUGGGGGAGGUGUGGACGCACUCUGACGGCACCGCCGACUUCGAUGUGAUCGACGCAUACAACUACACGUAUGUAUACGAGGACGUCAUUGCUCAUGCCAACAUCAGCGGGCAUGGAAAGCUUCUUUUCGAUGACGAGCUUGGCAGCAAGGGCUACGCCAGCGAUGUGAACCAGCCCGGAGUGUUCAUCCUGGACCUCGCCACACUAGUUCCCGAGAGCGGACUGGAUUACAUCAGCUUCGCCAACGUGUCCCUGCCCGACGGUCAAACAACCGUCUGUCCCGGAACCCACUCUCUCGCAUACUCUCAGAUCAACCGCCACGCGUACUUCGAGUGCAUCUCGUACAAGAACGCGUCCAACAGUUCCCAGAGCAUUUACCCGGGCGCCAUCGAAAUGGACACAACCAACGAUAGCAUCGUGCAACAGCUUCGGUACAACGGCCAUCUAGCAAUCACGCCCGACGACCAGUUCUUGACGAUCACGCCUCAGGACGCCCCGCCUCUGUCGGUGACCAUCAUUCAGAUCACUCCCGUCGGGCAGCUAGACCGAUUCUUCGCCGUCCCUCUAAACGACACUCCGGGGGAGGGCACUCCCGCCUUUUACCCUAAGGGCGACUAUUUCGUGAUGGCCAUGGCCUUUCUCAACUCUCCUUACAUGGCCCUCAUCGACUUCGGUGGGGUCAUCAAGUGCGGAGCCAAUUGCACCGACCCGGCGAGCCUCGUCAAAUACGUUUACAUCGGCAACCAAAAUCCUCCGGGGGCGCCCGCCAGCUUAACCAGCUCCCGAACGGUCGACGGCGGGGAUUACUACAUCUGCGCGGCGGCGGUCUUUGACCAGGGCGUCGGGUGCUACGACGUCGCCAACGACACGAGCAUCUUCAUCGGGGGAUCCCUCAAACCAAUCCGCAACGUGCAGAGAGUGUACUUUGCCCCGGGUACUUUAAACGGCUUGCCGGCGACCAACUUGAAUGCAGAUUUCAACUGCUCGAGCGCCCCGACUACGCUCGGGAAUUACCCGACGCUCGCGCCGGUGCUCAACGGGACGAUAGGGGUGAACAAUCCGUAGACAAUUUGAAUAGUUGGUUAGUUGCGAGAGCGAAUAUUCGGGUGUAAGCUGCGAACUGUAAUCGGCAUUGAGUUUUGGGAGGAAAAGAUCUGUCGCGUUUGAAGUUUUGUCUUAAAGAGGGCGUUGGCGGAUGCAUCCGCAGUGACGUCAAGAGCGACAUACAACCCGGAGUAUAAGGUCGAUUGUCGCCAAGAAAUGACAUCAGCUGAUGACCACGUGGUACCAUCUUAGCGACCCAAUGCCAGUAGUCUCACUCUUAUUGUCGCUGCGAUUUUGUCGUAUCGCCACGCCCUCUUUAAGGACUGGUUCGCUUCAAAGGCCUCGUCACCUAGACGCGACCGAGAUUUUACUCGUCGGGAUUAACGGCAGUGUCGACUUUCUAGAAGGUGAUCGAAACUGCUGCAGUCCCCGUAAGACCGCCUGUUCAAUCCCAGGAAGGCCCCUAGCGCCAGUGCAUUUCCGCAUGCUCUCAGC